GAAGCCGAAACGACGACGUAUUUCGCUCUCCUUUUUCGUCGGUGUUAACGACGCCCUUUCCCCAAGAAAAACACACGCACAGAACACGGCAGUGUUUUUUCUUUUUCGGAUUAUUUGCUCGCGUUUUCUUUUUCACUGUUUGGGAAACGUUUUUUUUUCCUUUUUUCGGAAGGUUUUUAAAGUGAAGAUUAACAAAAGCCGACCAGAUUGAUAGUUUUCUAGUCAGCAAUGGAGAUCGGAGCCGGUCGGAUCGGUUCAUGCUCUAAAGAACACCAGCAGAUUUAUCAAGAGUGGUUUAGCUUUGUUGAUUCAGAUAAUGAUGGCCGCAUUACCGGAACUGAUGCAAUAAAGUUCUUCGGUAUGUCAAAUUUAUCGCGACAAGAUCUUAAGCAGGUGUGGGCGAUCGCGGAUUCUAAGAGACAGGGAUAUCUUGGUUUCAAAGAAUUUGUCUUUGCUAUGCAGCUGGUUUCUCUGGCACAAGAUGGUCAUGAAAUAUCACAUGAUCUCCUGAAUGGUGAUGUUGACUUUGAGAAUGCGAAACCUCCUGUAAUGGAAGGUUUGGAUGCAUUAAUCAUGAAGAAGAAACACUCUUCAAAGUCAACUAGUCCUGCUAGCAAUGCCAAUGGUAGUUCUCCAAUGCAAUCAUCACCUGCCGCUCAAUGGUUUUCUUCAAAAUCAUCAAAGAAGAUAUCUAUGUCCUCUGUGACUUCAAUCAUAGAUGGCUUAAAGAGACUGUACAUUCAAAAGUUGAAGCCUUUAGAAGUUACAUAUCGUUUUAAUGAUUUUGUAUCCCCAUUGUUGACAAAUAGUGAUUUUGAUGCCAAACCAAUGGUCAUGCUUUUGGGUCAAUAUUCUACUGGGAAAACAACCUUCAUUAAACAUUUGCUUAAAAGUAGUUAUCCAGGAGCUCACAUUGGACCUGAACCAACGACUGACAGAUUUGUUGUUGUUAUGUCGGGAACUGAUGAAAGAAGUGUUCCAGGGAACACUAUUGCUGUCCAAGCGGACAUGCCAUUCAGUGGUCUCACUACCUUCGGAACUGCAUUUUUGUCAAAGUUUGAGUGUUCUCAAAUGCCACAUCCUCUGUUGGAGCACAUAACAUUUGUAGAUACUCCUGGAGUGUUAUCAGGAGAAAAACAACGAACACAACGAGCCUAUGAUUUUACAGGUGUAACAUCAUGGUUUGCUGCAAAAUGUGAUCUCAUUCUUCUUUUGUUUGAUCCUCACAAGCUAGAUGUAAGUGAUGAGUUCAAGCGUGUAAUUUAUUCUUUGCGUGGUCAUGAUGACAAGAUUCGUGUGGUUUUGAACAAGGCAGACCAAGUUGAUACUCAACAAUUGAUGAGGGUUUAUGGAGCCUUAAUGUGGUCACUUGGGAAAGUCCUUAAUACCCCUGAGGUUGUGCGCGUAUAUAUCGGUUCGUUCAAUGACAAACCUGUAAACGAAGCUGCCACAGGUCCAAUUGGGAAAGAGUUGUUCGAAAAAGAACAAGAAGACCUUCUUGCUGACUUGAAAGAUAUUCCAAAAAAAGCUUGUGAUCGUCGAAUAAAUGAGUUUGUUAAACGUGCUAGAGCUGCCAAGAUACAUGCUCAUAUUAUUGGUCAUCUUAGAAAGGAAAUGCCUACUAUGAUGGGAAAAGCGAAGACUCAACAGAGACUAAUCGAUAAUUUGGCCGAUGAAUUUGGAAAAGUUCAAAGAGAUCAUCACCUACCUCCAGGGGACUUUCCAAAUGUAGAACAUUUUAGGGAGGUUUUGAGUGGUUACAACUUCGACAAAUUCGAGAAGCUAAAGCCUAAAAUGAUUCAAGCUGUUGAUGACAUGCUGGGUUAUGAUAUCCCAGAGCUGUUGAAGACAUUCAGGAAUCCUUACGAUUAACAGCCAGAGACUAAUUAAAUUGCGUAAGUGUAUGGAACAUGAUGAUCAUAAAACUGGGUUGUAGAGAGCUGUUCAAUUCAAUCAAACAAAAAUCUGAAUUCUACUUGAACAAUAUUGUGUCAAACUUGUUUGUAGAUCAUUUGUAAUAGCUCCUAGAGUAGUUCUUCCAUGUUUACCAGAGAGUUCAUUCGGAUUUAGAUGAUACCAUGGUUAUAUCAAUCCGAUUUUUCUAUAGUU